AUGUCCAUCUACAUGCGUAGUAUCCCACGUCACACACCAUCAACCCAUGAAACCAUUAGCGCACCACCACCACCAUCGCCACCACCACCACUGUCACCACCACCACCGCCAGCACCAUCACCAUCACAUCAAUGCCAACUCCAGCAAACUAAAGAUAAAACGGAACGAAUUUUUGUGACGCUAUAA